AUGCUCGCCGUCCUUAGUCUAUGCCAAGUGCAGUGGCACAUGCAACAGCAUGUACAGAAACACUUCAAGGGUUUAUCUUCGAGUACUGUACCGUACGUAGCUAGACGUCGAGGGAAAGCUUGGUCUCGGGACUCUUUCGGCGACAACACCUCCAAGCAGGGCGCGGUGUUCAUCUUCUGGUCCAUCCGUGCAGGAACAGGCGGCAGCGCUGAAACAUCCAUGAUACUACGUUCUCCCGCAGCUGCCGCAAACUGCAAGCCCACUUGUCUCGAUGCUGCCGGUGGUGGCUCUGUCGGCGAUGCUCGCACGCACGCUCGUCACGAAGCGGCCCGCCCAAUGCAAAGCAUCCCGCGAACAUCCCAAACAUGGGAUUGCCCGCCUGCCGAAUAG